CCGCACAUGCGUGUAGCCGUAAACAGACACGAGCCGUGCUGUGGAAUAAACGUGGCUAAUAGACGUCUGUGGUGUGUGCCGCGCGAGGAAAAGUGAUAGCCGCUCGGCCGUUGAGCUGAUUAGUCUCUCAUGCGGCGACGCGACCCGUGCCGUAUCCCGUGCACGCGGUUUGUUGACCCAACUUUCAACAAUGAGCCAGAUAAAAGGCGGCGGGAAAAAGACGGCCGAUGACGGUGGCUUUAAAACGAGAAUUUCGUCGUCCGUCGAGCGCUGCCAGCUGGCAUCAUCAUCAUCAGUUGCGACCUCUUGUUCUCAUGCCGCGUACACCCCCAUCUAGCGGUGCGCAGAUCUCAGCCCGUCGUGUGAGUAAGCGCCGGGCAACCGAGUUUUUUUGUAAGUACGUUGGCGCGCACGCGGUUACACGCGAAUACAGAAAACAGAACAAAGCAGAACAUAACGGAGGGGCGACGAGGCGGCGAGUUAGCAAUCGCGAGCGAGCGAGCGAGUGAGCGAGCGCACGUGCCUUUCGUUCGCGAGUUGAUUUUGCACGUAAGCGAGUGAAAAAUUGUGUACACACGUAUGUCGCGAUACGGUACCAUCAUGGGUUCGAAGAACUUACGGGACGUAAAGGACGACAGCAUGAAGCUGUGCGGCUCAAGGAAGGACGAGGCCGACGCGCCGUCGGGAUUAGAAAAUGGGAUUGAGAAAACUUCGGUGGGGAACGCUAUAGAUAAAUUUGGACUUUAUCAAGUGAUGAUGUUUGCAUUGAUUAGCCUGCCUCUGAUGUUCACAGCAGGAUUCACGCUUUGUUACAUAUUUACCGCAGGCGAAAUCAAAUACAGGUGUUUGGUGCCAGAAUGCGAGCGCCCGGAAAAUGCGACAUUCAAUCCGACUUGGGUGAACGCUUCCGCUCCGAGAAUCAAGGGAGAUGACAUGUCGCGUUGUACGCGUUACACUGUGCGAGAUCAUUCAGGCGCAUGUACGAUUAAUUCGUUUACAAAUGUGACCCGCGACUGCGACUCCUGGGUUUACGAUCCGACCGAGAGUACAAUACUCAACGAGUGGGACUUAACCUGCAACGCUAAUCGAUGGAAGCUCACCCUGGUUGGCACGGUAAAUAGCGUCGGUCAAUUCGUUGGUCUGAUGUUCGCUGGAUACAUAUCGGACAGAUUUAUGUUCUACUCAUCAAAAUACGAACUGACGAAGUUUCAAAUCGGUGAAGAGAUAUCUUUAUUUAUUUUUUUGAAGAAAAUUGUCAAAAACCUAUUUUUUGGCUAUCUAAACCAGAACCUUCCCUUAACGUAUGCUUUAUUCUCAGGAAUGGAGAUGGCGGGUGUGAAGAAUCGAGUUUUCGGUAGUACUAUUAUCUCCUGUAUGUUUGCCGUGGGUGAGAUCCUGUUGGGACUAAUCGCGGGGUGGCUAAAAUCCUGGCGGGCGUUACUCAGGAUCGUGUACGGGCCGGCGCUGCUCGCCAUUUUCUUGCCUCUGCUCAUCCCGGAAUCGGUCAGGUGGCUACUGUCAAAGGGUAAGAACGACCAAGUGGAGAAAAUCUAUUACAAAAUGGCACGAAUGAACGGCCUGCAAGUGACGGACGAAGCUGUCAGAGAAUUUAAGGAGCUAAAUGUCAUUAAACCUCAAACGAAAAACGAGCUGGUGAUGUCGGAGGAGAGGAAGCCAAUCGUGCAAGUUCUACAUAGCUCGGUCAUACUCAUCCGCUUGCUGGCCUGCUCGUUCUGCUGGCUCACGAACACGUUCGUUUAUUACGGAUUGUCAUUGAAUUCCGUGGCAUUCGCUGGAGAUAAGUACACCAAUUUCGUGCUCGUCGCCUUGGUCGAGAUACCGGCGUACUUCCUCACCUGGCUGCUGACUGAUCACAUCGGCCGUAAGCCAACGCUCUCUGGCUCGUUCCUGCUGAGCGGGGUAUUCUGCCUCGCGAUUCAGUUCAUACCGAAAGGUGGAUCGAGUUAUGCGCCUUUACUUUUAUACAUGGCCGGAAAAUUAUGCAUCACUAUAGCGUUCGCCACUAUCUACAUUUACACGACGGAACUCUUUCCGACGACGAUGAGGCAUUCGCUACUGGGCAUUUGCAGUAUGACUGGCCGCAUUGGAUCAAUCUUAUCGCCGCAGACGCCCCUUUUGGCGCAAAUAAUGCCCGCGCUGCCGCUCAUCCUCUUCGGUGCUAUGGGCAUGAUCGCGGGCGUCCUGUCUCUGAUUUUCCCGGAAACUCUGGGGACGAAACUUCCGGACACCGUGUGGGAGGCGGAAAACAUCGGCAAAGUGCAACUCAAACAGGACUCGUAAGAUAGCCGGCCUUAGGAGCCGUAGGACGCCGACGAGCGCAAACGCUAAGACGAAGCGUUAAGUCUUUCCACGACGGAAGAAGGGCGAUAGCUUUUAAAAGUUUACCGAUGACGCGCGCCCGCCUCCCGAGUAGUAUUACUGCUUCGAUCUUUGUUUGGUCAACGCUUGUUUCAAUAGUAACUAAACAGUAAAACUAGUCAGUUUCUAAGUAAUCAGUUACUUUUUAAAUUGCUAAUACGAUGUAAUUCAAUUAUUUUUCGAUCCCAUUCAAUAGCUGCUUUUAACAGAAAUUUGAUAAACAAUUAUUGUUAACCGUAGAAUUUUAAAUAAGAAUGGCUGCUGAAGAGGGCUAGAAAAUUAUCGAAAUAUUUAUAAUAGAAAAUAAUAAUAAUAGAAAUAAUUAUAUAAUAGAAAAAUUGAAAAUUAUACUAAAAAUUAUAUUUUAUGCAUAACUAAUCGCAGGAACAUUAAAUGUAAAUAUUACUUACAAUUAUCGUAUAAAAAGAGCGUAUCUUUGUUGUGACAGUUCUUUUUAUAUAUUUAUAUAUUCUUUCAUAUCUUCGUGUUUGACACUUUUUACGAUCACUCUUUGUAUUACACUUCGUAUAGUAUAAUUUAUAUAGUAUUCGUAGCUAUACUUAUAUAUUCUUUCAUAUCUCUGUGUUUUGACGCUUAUUAUAAUAGCUAUUCGUAAAGACAAAAAACUAAUAAAACUGUAAUCCUGACCUUCACAUUGCCUCUAACUCCAUUGCAAUGUAUUGAAAUGUAUUGAACGUCUAAAAAAUAUAUGCCGAAAUAUUAUACGUAGGUGAAUCAAAUAUAAA